AUGACUGAACAACUGAAAUACCUUCAAGUUGAACGAUUCGAAUGGCUUUUACAUAUUGUUCAACACAUACCGGACGAACUAAGAAUGAACGCAUUAAGUACUGUUCGAUAUGCUGAAUUUGGUCUUCCGAGUUGUCAUAAGGGUAGAGGCGACGUAGCUCAUAUUGGUAAAUAUCUUGUGUCUUUUCUUAACACAUAUAUGCCACAUUUACAAACAUUACGUCUUUGGCGACCAGACGAUUUUCCUUGGACAACUAUUCGACCAGAUUAUAAAAAAGGAUAUUAUGGUGAGGUUUCAAUUCUACAAUGGCUGAAGUCUCUAAAAACACCCAAAUCGAUUGCUAAACAUGUGGCUAUUUUUGAAAAAGAUCUUUGUCAAUUGGUCGAAAAAUUAAAAGAAUUUACCUUUCUCGAUAUUUAUGGUGAAAUUCAUUAUGAAAAAGUUGAACCUUAUCGUUUAAUGGUUCAAUCUUGCUUUCCUAAUAGUCGAAUAGAUGUUGAAAUAUCAAGAUUUCGUCUUUGGCUUUAA